AUGCAGACGGCGAAGCAACGCUAUGAUGCUGUUAAACCUCGCGAACGGGUAGAAUUUAGAGGCUACCGUUUCGUUAUCCCCGAUCCCAAUUUUCGAAUGCCAAAAUUUCAAUGCUGCAAUGGAGCUCAUGAAGGUGCAGAGCCAUGCAGGCAAAAGUCGGACAGCUUUGAUCUGACAGAUUGUGUAAAUGAGGUAUAUCCAUAA